AGGAUCCUAAGGGCAGGCCAGUAGAGAGGCCUAAAUGCUAACGCUCUGGGCUUGGCAAGCAGAAAUUAAUUUUUGUCAACUUUUUAACUCUAGCAUCUAAGCCAGGUGUGGUAAUGCACGCCUUUGAUACCUGCUCUUAGAAGGCAGAGGUAGGCAGAUCUCUGAGUUCAAGGCCAGUCUGGUCUACAGAUCGAGUUCCGGGUCAGCCAGGGCUAUAUAGCAAAACCCUGCCUAAACAAAACAAGACAAAACAAAACAACAACCUCCAGCCACUUGCAAAGAGCCUGACAUGCAUAAUAAAUGCUAAGUGAAUGCUGGAGAGAGAGAGACAGAGAGGGAGGAAGCCCUCUGAUGCCUAGAGACAUGUAUAAUCAAUGCUUAUUUAAUCUGACAAGACCUCUCCUUUGGGAGAAGUUCUCAGAAGUCCUUACCUGUCCCCAGACAUCUGAAACUUCACAAGGGAGGGUGUUGUCUCCAAGGUGAAAACACAUUCCUUACUGCACAUCUGGCAACCGAAACAAGCUCCUCCCAUCAUCUUUGCUGCCCACAGCUGGCAGAACAGCACUUCGUAACACCUACUUAAAAUGCUGGUGCAUCUGAGCCAGGCCUGCCCUCGGGGUCCACCCAGCUGCGUCGCGGGGACCCAGAGAAGGGAAGCGGGACAUCCACUCUCAACGUCACACAGUAAGUUCUCAGUAGACUCUAGGGCUCUUCCCUGCCCAUUGCCAGUCACUGGUUCUCUCAUUUGAUAAGCCACAAGCUCCACAUGUCACCAAGAGGCAGGGGCACACACGUAACUUGGCUGCAAGGGGCUGGAGGUCACACCCCGGAGGGAAGGCUGGUGAGAGGCCACAGCAGAAGAUGUUCCGUGUCAGUCAGGGUCUACCUCAUGGAAUAGAUGGGCUAUUUGAAGUGGCCCCUGAGAAGUAAGCAGGGAGAAGGGCAGAGAGGGCACCUUAGGCGGCAUAAGAACAGCCAGCCUAGGGGAAAUAGGAGUCAGGUGCAUUUAGAUGGCUCGGCUACCGGGAGCAGGGAGGCAGAGAGAUAGGUCUAAGGGAGUGAAGGGCCGCCGCUAGGAGGGGGCGAGCUGGAAACCAGCUGCCCUGGAGACAUGCCCCCUCUAGUCCUUGACAACUACCUUUCUUCCACCAUCACCAACCCCCGCAGAGGACACCCCACCCACUCCCUGAUGCCAGAGGUUAGAUGAGAUGUUACUUUUCCCACCAAGCAGCAGCCACAUGGAAUCCCCCAUGAGCAAGAUGGAAGACUAGGGCAGACCCCAGGAGGAGCCAGGCAGCGGUAAUGCAAAGGUUAACACAGAGGAUGCAGCCUUGAGCAUAGGCGGCGGUGUCCGAGCUGGGGCUGAGAAGCUCAGGUUCUGUGCUGUCUGUACCCUGACCUCAUGCCUGAGCAGUGCAGUUCCUCCUCAGCCUCUGUCUAAGCUAGAGGUGGCAGGGCCAGGCCAAGCAGGGACUCAACUGCCACCGGGCUCAGCCAUGCUUCCCACACCAACACUGUCCCCCACCCCCAGCCACUCUGUUCUUCAUCCGGGACCUGCUUAUCCUUCACCCACCUAGCUUGGGUCUCACGGGGUAGGAUUUAUGAGGGCUGCCCUGCCACGGGUCCUUGGGGUAAUAAAUCACAGUAGAGCCUGUGUGUGUAUAAAGAAGGGCCAGGGGCUCUGGGACUGCAUAGAUCUUAGAAAGCCUUGGCUGAACCAGAUGGACGGAAGGAGGAUGCCGCUCUGUGGACUCUGGUUGAUUCUCUGGAGCUCUUGUGCCUUCAGUCUCCCGACAGGACACACCUGGAGCAGGAUCUUGCUCAAGAAAAUGCCCUCCGUCCGGGAAAUCCUGAAGGAGCGCGGGGUGGACAUGACCAAGCUCAGUGCUGAAUGGGGUGAAUUCACCAAGAGGUCCUCCUUUGGCAACGGCACCUCCCCCGUGGUCCUCACCAACUACCUGGAUACCCAGUACUACGGCGAGAUUGGCAUUGGCACCCCAGCCCAGACCUUCAAAGUCAUCUUUGACACGGGCUCAGCCAACCUCUGGGUCCCCUCCACCAAGUGCAGUCCUCUCUACACUGCCUGUGAGAUUCACAGCCUCUAUGACUCCUCGGAAUCCUCCAGCUACAUGGAGAACGGGACCGAAUUCACCAUCCACUAUGGAUCAGGGAAGGUCAAAGGCUUCCUCAGCCAGGACAUAGUAACUGUGGGUGGAAUCACUGUGACACAGACAUUUGGAGAGGUCACCGAGCUGCCCCUGAUACCCUUCAUGCUGGCCAAGUUUGAUGGGGUUCUGGGCAUGGGCUUUCCUGCUCAGGCCGUCGGCGGGGUCACCCCGGUCUUUGACCACAUUCUCUCCCAGAGGGUGCUGAAGGAGGAAGUCUUUUCUGUCUACUACAGCAGGGACUCCCACCUGCUGGGGGGAGAAUUGGUGCUGGGGGGCAGCGACCCCCAGCAUUACCAAGGCAAUUUUCACUACGUGAGCGUCAGCAAGACUGGCUCCUGGCAGAUCACAAUGAAGGGGGUAUCUGUGGGGUCCGCCACCUUGCUGUGUGCGGAGGGCUGCAUGGCAGUGGUGGACACUGGUGCAUCCUAUAUCUCGGGGCCUACGAGCUCUCUGAAGCUGAUCAUGCAAACCCUGGGAGCCAAGGAGCAGAGCACAGAUGAAUAUGUCGUGGACUGUAACCAGGUACCCACCCUCCCCGACAUCUCCUUCCACCUGGGAGGCAGAGCCUACACACUCACCAGUCUGGACUACGUGCUACAGGAUCCCUACAGGACUGAUGACCUAUGCACAUUGGCUCUCCAUGGCCUGGACAUCCCGCCACCCACUGGGCCUGUCUGGGUCCUGGGUGCCAGCUUCAUCCGCAAGUUCUACACGGAGUUCGAUCGGCAUAACAACCGCAUUGGGUUUGCCUUGGCCCGCUAACGCCCUCGGUGACCCAGUGAGCCUGGUUUCAGGCCGAGGCAAAGCUGGCGUUCCCGAGGACCAUUUUGUCAUCAGGGUUUCCCCCCCUCCCGACAGGGACACUGGACACAGUUCCUGGUGAGUGCUUGUCCCCUCACCUGCGCUCACCCUUCCCUGCUUUGAGGAAAGACAGAAUAAAGACUUCCUAUUUACAGCCUGUUUCCGGUGGAUUCUUGCGUUUGGAGCAGAAGGAGGGAUACUUGUGUGGUCACAUGUGGAGAAGACACAUAGGACAGAUGGGGCUGGAGAUGGAGCUUUGUCAGUAAAGUGCUUGUUUCCUAAGUGUGAGAGCCUGGGUUUGAUCCCCAGAACCCAUAGUUAAAAAAAACAAAAACAACAACAACAAGACCCAGGCAUGAUGGCAACUAGGGGGGUGGGGGGUGUAGAGAUAAGCAGAUCCUUGGGGUUUGAUACCGAUAAUUGAA